UUGGGCCCCAAGUCGCCGACCGCAAAAAUUUUGGUCCUCCGAACAGAACCCUAAAAGAAGCAAACGGAAAUAGAGAGGAAACAAGAAACCCUCGCCUUCUCUUCCUCCACUUCUCCCCAGUAACAUCUUCCCUAUUCCUGGCCUUACCAUUAGGGUUUCCGCCUCCCCUCGAAAUUCUCCCAUUUCUUCCUUUCUUCUUCGAUUUAUUCUUCGAAUUUGAUAGCCGUGUGGAUUGAUGCUGCCUGGCUGCUCAUGAUUUCAUCGACCAUCUGUUCAUUUCUUUCUUUGUUUCUUUUUUUUUGGUGAGGAGGAGAGAUGAUUAGUGGAGGAGGUGAUAGGCGCAAUAUAGCUGGUUGGUGCUAGAUUCUUCUGCGAGGAGGGGAGAUUUUAGAUAGAUUUCAGGGUCGUGGUUGUUGGUCCUGAUUAGGGUUACAUUUGGGGCUGAGAGAUCAGUUGCUUUUUUGCAUGACCUACCGUCAGAAGGAAGCUAGAAGGAGGCUCGGUGAUGGCAUGAUGCCCCAGUCCUUGUCCGGCCUCGGUGAUUCCUUAAUCCUUAGAUUUGGAGAAGAAGGCACCUUCGCCAGCUGGAGACAAGAGAAAGUUUUUAUUUCUUCCAUCAGCAGUUGCUUCAUCGUAUUUUCUUCAUGGUAACAACUGCGUUGAGAGAAUCUGGUUUAGAAUCAUCAAAUCUGAUACUUGGUAUUGAUUUCACAAAAAGCAACGAGUGGACAGGGAAACAUUCAUUUAAUAAUCGAAGCCUGCAUGCAAUUAGCGAUAUACCUAAUCCUUAUGAACAAGCCAUUGCUAUAAUUGGGAAGACUUUGGCUCCAUUUGAUGAAGAUAAUUUGAUUCCUUGUUUCGGGUUUGGUGAUGCAACCACACAUGAUCAAGAAGUAUUUAGCUUCCACACUGAUCAUUCACCUUGUCAUGGAUUUGAAGAAGUGUUGGAUUGUUACCGAAAGAUUGUCCCGCUCUUGAGAUUAGCAGGACCUACUAGUUUUGCACCUAUAGUGGAGGCUGCAGUUGACAUUGUUGAGAAAAGCAAUGGGCAAUAUCAUGUGCUGGUCAUUAUUGCAGACGGCCAGGUCACUCGAAGUGUGGAGACAGAUAUUGGAGAUCUUAGUCCACAGGAGAAGAAAACAAUUGACUCUAUUGUCAUGGCAAGUGCUUACCCACUAUCAAUCGUGCUUGUUGGAGUUGGUGAUGGACCUUGGGAAGACAUGAAAAAAUUCGAUGACAAGAUUCCAGCACGAGAUUUCGACAAUUUCCAGUUUGUCAACUUCACUGCUAUUAUGUCAAAGAAUACGAGCCUGGCAGAAAAGGAAGCAGCUUUUGCCCUUGCUGCCCUAAUGGAGAUCCCUAUCCAAUAUAAAGCAACCAUGGAACUUGGAAUUUUAGGUUUUGUCACUGGGACAGCUAAACGAGUGGUACCAUGCCCUCCUCCUAUGCCUAUUACCCGUCAACAAUCAUCAAGGAGGGAACCUAAACGCUCACAAUCAACAAGUUAUGAGCAAAACCAGGCUUGCCCAAUUUGCUUGACCAGUGCAAAAGACUUAGCCUUUGGUUGCGGUCAUAUGUGCUGUAAAGAAUGCGCACAGAACUUGACAAAUUGCCCAAUAUGUCGAGCAGUUAUCCGAUCACGUCUAAGCACACGUCUUGAAGUUUAUGAAUGUGACACCAUGUUCCGAAGACAAAUACAACACAAUCUUGCACAUUCAAUCUAUAUACAUUGUGUGAAUGCAACAAGCUCAAACACAAGACUCCAGCAGGCAGUUGCAACUUAUGUAUUGAUCAAGGAAAUGUUUAAAAGUUUUGUAAUUUUGAAUCGAUGGACUUUGUAUUUCUUAUUUCUCUUUGUAUUCUUAUAAACAAGAUUUUACGAUUCCACAACCUUGUGUACCCACAUUGUGUCAUACCGUUGACCAGAAAUUGUGAGCUAGUUUAAUCUCUAA